CUGUCCUCCUCGUCAUGAUGAUGGCUGCCGGUGCAGAGGAACCUUUUCCUUUUCAUGGGCUCUUGCCCAAAAAAGAGACCGGGGCAUCAUCGUUUCUCGGGCGUUACCCGCAAUAUGACGGGCGUGGAGUGCUUAUUGCAGUGCUUGAUACAGGAGUGGAUCCGGGUGCUCCUGGCAUGCAGCAAACAACUGACGGGAAGCCCAAGAUUAUUGAUAUAAUAGAUACAACUGGAAGUGGAGAUGUAAAUACCUCUACAGUUUUAGAACCAAAAGAUGGAGUGAUAACAGGGUUGUCUGGAAGAAACCUAAAAAUUCCCACAAGCUGGAUAAACCCUACCGGUCAAUUCCAUAUUGGUAUUAAAAAUGGAUUUGACUUUUAUCCAAAAGCACUCAAGGAAAGACUCCAGAAAGAGCGUAAGGAGAAACUGUGGGAUCCCACGCAUAGGAUAGUACUUGCUGAAGCAUGCAGGAAACAGGAUGAAUAUGAUGCAAGUUCUAAUACACAAGACAAGAUAGGGAAAUUAAUAAAGGAAGAUCUGCAAAGUCAAGUGGAAAUGCUGAACUCAUUUGAAAAAAAAUAUUGUGACCCGGGUCCUGUGUAUGACUGCUUAGUUUGGCACGAUGGUGAAACUUGGAGAGCAUGUAUGGACACAAGCGAGUGUGGAGACCUUGAAGCUUGUAGUGUAUUAAGGAAUUAUAGAGAGGCACAAGAAUAUGGUUCAUUUGGAACAUCGGAAAUGCUGAAUUAUUCAGUGAACAUAUAUGACGAAGGGAACCUACUGUCUAUUGUGACCAGCGGAGGUGCUCAUGGUACACACGUUGCUAGCAUUGCUGCAGGACAUUUCCCUGAUGAGCCAGAAAGAAAUGGCGUAGCACCUGGUGCUCAAAUCCUAGCAAUAAAGAUUGGUGACACAAGGCUUAGCACUAUGGAGACGGGCACAGGUCUUAUACGAGCGAUGAUUGAAGUGAUAAAGUAUAAGUGUGAUCUUGUCAACUAUAGUUAUGGUGAAGCAACUCACUGGCCAAAUUCUGGGAGAAUAUGUGAAGCCAUCAAUGAAGCAGUUUGGAAAAACAACGUUAUUUAUGUCUCAAGUGCUGGAAAUAAUGGUCCGUGCCUUACUACUGUAGGUUGUCCUGGUGGAACUACCUCAAGUGUAAUAGGUGUUGGAGCUUAUGUUUCACCAGAUAUGAUGGUAGCCGAAUAUUCACUUCGUGAGAAGUUGCCUGCCAAUCAGUACACUUGGUCCUCUAGAGGUCCUAGUACUGAUGGAGCCCUGGGUGUCAGUAUAAGUGCUCCUGGUGGGGCAAUUGCUUCAGUGCCAAACUGGACGUUACGGGGAACCCAGCUGAUGAAUGGAACAUCAAUGUCCUCUCCAAAUGCUUGUGGUGGCAUUGCACUAGUAUUAUCUGGACUCAAAGCUAAUGGCAUCCCAUACACUGUACAUUCAGUGAGAAGAGCAUUGGAGCAUACGGCAUUUAAGGCUGAAAACAUAGAAGUAUUUGCCCAAGGACACGGUAUUAUUCAGGUUGACAAAGCAUAUGACUACCUCAUACAGGACUCCACAUUAAACAGCAAAAUAGGUUUUACGGUUACUAUUGGAAAUGGACGUGGUAUCUAUCUCAGGGAUCCAGUUCAGACUGCUGCUCCUUCAGACCAUGGAGUGGGUAUUGAGCCAGUAUUUCCUGAAAAUACAGAUAACUCUGAGAGAAUAUCCCUUCAGCUUCAUUUAGCCCUUACAUGUAAUGCACCCUGGGUCCAGUAUCCUUGUCACUUGGAGUUGAUGAACCAGUGCAGGCACAUAAAUGUCCGAGUGGAUCCACGAGGAUUACGAGAAGGAGUGCAUUAUACUGAGAUUUGUGGUUAUGAUAUAGAGGCACCAAAUUCUGGUCCAUUAUUCAGAGUUCCUGUAACAGUUGUAAUUCCAACAAGGCUAGGUGGUUCUGCAGCAUAUGACUUAGAAUAUAAAGAUGUACAUUUCAAGCCUGGUCAGAUACAACGCCAUUUCAUUGAAGUUCCUCAAGGAGCCACUUGGGCUGAGAUAACGGUAACAUCACGUUCUUCUGAAGUGUCUUCAAAGUUUGUUCUUCAUGCGGUUCAGCUAGUGAAACAGAAAGCAUACAGAAGCCACGAGUUUUAUAAGUUCUCAUCUCUGCCAGAAAAAGGUUCUAUAACUGAAGCUUUUCCUGUUUUGGAAAAUCUUAACAGGAGUAACCUUUCAAUUUGCAGACCUGUCAAUUCAAAGACUAGACCACUUGGUCCGCGGGACAUAUUGCCAAACAAUCGACAAUUAUAUGAGAUAUUAUUAACAUACAAUUUUCACCAGCCAAAAAGUGGAGAAGUGACCCCCAGCUGUCCAUUACUUUGUGAUCUACUAUAUGAAUCCGAAUUUGACAGCCAGUUGUGGAUGAUCUUUGAUCAAAACAAAAGGCAGAUGGGCUCUGGAGAUGCAUACCCACACCAGUAUUCAGUAAAACUUGAAAAAGGAGAUUAUACAAUCAGAAUGCAAGUCCGUCAUGAGCAUGUCAAUGAAUUAGAGCGUUUAAAAGACCUACCGUUUGUUGUUUCACAUAGAAUGUCCAAUACAUUAAAUCUAGAUAUACAUGAAAGCCACUGUGCCGCUCUGUUGGGAAAGAAAAAAGCAAACAGUAUAACGCUACCACCGAGGCAUAGCCAGCCUUUCUUUGUCACAAUGCUGCCUGAUGACAAGAUACCAAAAGGUGCUGGACCAGGCUGCUAUCUUGGCGGCACUCUUACGUUGUCUAAAACGGAACUAGGAAAGAAAGCCGGGCAGUCUGCAGCAAAGCGCCAAGGAAAAUUUAAAAAGGAUGUAAUAUCGGUUCAUUAUCAUUUAAUACCAUCCUCUUCAAAACCAAAGAACGGCAGCAAAGAUAAGGAAAAAGAGGCAGAGAAAGAAAAAGACAUUAAAGAAGAGUUUGCAGAAGCACUACGGGACUUAAAGAUUCAGUGGAUGACAAAGCUUGAAAACAAUGAAAUAUUUAAUGAAUUAAAGGAAUCUUUCCCAAACCAUCUACCACUGUAUGUAGCAAGACUUCAUCAAUUUGAUUCUGAAAAGGACCGAAUAAAAAGAUUGGAUGAAAUCAUUGAAGCAGCUAACGAAGUUAUUUCACAAAUUGAUCAAACUGCACUCGCAGUGUUUUUUGCCAUGAAGACUGAUCCAAGACCUGAUGCAGCCACUCUAAAAAAUGAGAUGGACAAACAGAAAACCACCUUGAUUGAUGCUUUGUGUCGUAAAGGCAGUGGCUUAGCAGAGAAGAUACUUUAUCUGCAGUCUGAGGAUGGUGCUGCGUCCUGUGACAUAGAGGGAAUCGAUGACGUUCAGGAGGCCUGUAUGGAAUCCUUAAAUGAUACUUACUGGGAAAUGGCCAAGUGGUCUGAUCUCAACGACUCAAAGGUUUUACCAUUUGUGUAUAAGCAUGCCUUGGCAAAUAAAUUAUAUGGCCGUGGUAUUAAGUUUGCAACAAAACUUGUGGAAGAGAAGCCAACUAAAGAGAACUGGAGAAACUGUGUCCAGCUUAUGAAAUUACUUGGAUGGACUCACUGUGCAUCUUUUACUGAAAACUGGAUCCCAGUCAUGUUCCCACCUGAUUACGUCAUUUUCUAAAUUGUCAGCCGUAGUAAAUAACACUUUUUUUUUAUAAAAUGACUCUAUAACUGGCAAUCUAGAGAGAUUUCUGAUUAUUUUUUUUCUAAAGCAUGUUUUCUUGUUUAUUGAAUUGCAAUUGUUAAACUGUUUAUUUAUCAAAAUUUGCACCGAUGUGCAACAUAUUGUGUACUUUUUGGGAUGGAUUGCAUGACUAAUAGAUUUUUAACUUCAGCCUCAGAUCAUUUUUACAACAAACACAAUUUUAACAUUUUAUGUUCUGAUGGUUAUAAAGGCCUUAACUUGUUCAGAAUAUCAGAUUUUUAUUUAUUAUCCUAAAAAGCAAUGAAAACAUAUUACUGUUUACAUUUAAAUGCACGGACAUUUAUUUUAUAAUUAAUGCGUUCAGUGCUAAAGGAAUUGCACAGUAAUCUUUUAGAACUGUCUGAUAAACAUCCCUUUCAUGUUACAGUAUAUGUGCUGGUAUUUUACAUGUAAUGUAUUCUUUGUAUAAUAAACAGUCGCAACUUACAUUUGCCUUUAUAUAAGCCUCUGACUGUGAGGAAAUAUUCAGGCGAAAUCAUUUUUUAGUUUUAAAACCUGUAGACACGGGUGAACUAUAGAUGUGCCAGACAUUUAAUGCUUCUUAAUCAGGUAUUGUAAAGUUAUAAAUAGGUGUUUAUCAACAAAAUAAUUAUGUAAAAUAACACAGAAUCAGUGCACAGAACAAAGAAUAUGUUAUGCACUCUGGUAUCUUAAGAUUUUUUUACAUCAAUAAAAGUAAUAUGCCAUCUCAAA